GCGCCUCUCGCCUGCAGACCCCGAGGACGCGGCUAUGCCCGGCCGGGCCGAGGCGGGGGAGGCCGAGGAGGAGGCCGGGGCCGGCUCUGGGUCCGAGGCGGAGGAGGACGCGCUAUGGGAGCGGAUCGAGGGCGUCCGGCAUCGGCUGACGCGCGCCCUGAACCCGGCCAAGCUCACGCCGUAUCUGCGCCAGUGCCGGGUCAUCGACGAGCAGGACGAGGAGGAGGUGCUGAGCACCUACCGCUUCCCGUGCCGUGUCAACCGCACCGGGCGCCUGAUGGACAUCUUGCGCUGCCGUGGCAAGAGGGGCUACGAGGCCUUCCUGGAAGCCCUGGAGUUCUACUACCCCGAACACUUCACGCUGCUCACUGGCCAGGAGCCCUCCCAGCGCUGCUCCAUGAUCCUCGAUGAGGAGGGGCCUGAGGGUCUGACCCAGUUCCUGAUGACAGAAGUGCGGCGGCUGCGGGAAGCUCGCAAGAGCCAGCUGCAGCGGGAGCAGCAACUGCAGGCCCGGGGCCGGGUGCUUGAGGAGGAGCGGGCAGGGCUGGAGCAGCGGCUGCGGGACCAGCAGCAGGCGCAGGAGCGCUGCCAACGGCUGCGGGAGGACUGGGAGGCAGGCAGCCUGGAGCUGCUACGGCUCAAGGAUGAGAACUACAUGAUCGCCAUGCGCCUGGCACAGCUCAGUGAGGAAAAGAACUCGGCUGUGCUGCGCAGCCGUGACCUGCAGCUGGCGGUGGAUCAGCUCAAGCUCAAGGUGAGCCGGCUGGAGGAAGAGUGCGCACUGCUGCGCAGGGCCAGGGGGCCGCUUCCCGUGGCUGAGGAGAAGGAGAAGGAGAAGGAGCCGGACGGCGUGGACCUGGUCUCAGAGCUGCGCGCCGAGAACCAGCGGCUGAUGGCGUCGCUGCAGGAGCUGCAGGAGGGCCUGCAGCAGGAGGCGAGCCGGCCGGGGGCCCCGGGCUCAGAGCGCAUCCUGCUGGACAUCCUGGAGCACGACUGGCGGGAGGCGCAGGACAGCAGGCAGGAGCUGUGCCAGAAGCUGCACACCGUGCAGGGGGAGCUGCAGUGGGCCGAGGAGCUGCGGGACAAGUACCUGCAGGAGAUGGAAGACCUGCGGCUGAAGCACCGGACGCUGCAGAAGGACUGUGACCUGUACAAGCACCGCAUGGCCACCGUGCUGGCCCAGCUGGAGGAGAUCGAGAAGGAGCGGGACCAGGCCAUACAGAGCCGGGACCGGAUCCAGCUGCAGUAUUCCCAGAGCCUCAUUGAGAAGGACCAGUACCGCAAGCAGGUGCGGGGCCUGGAGGCCGAGCGGGAUGAGCUGCUGACCACACUCACCAGCCUGGAAGGCGCCAAGGCCCUGCUGGAGGCGCAGCUGCAGCGGGCCCAGGGCGGCGCCUGCCUCAAGGCCUGUGCCUCCUCCCACUCCCUGUGCUCCAACCUCAGCAGCACCUGGAGCCUGAGCGAGUUCCCCUCCCCGCUGGGAGGCCCAGAAGCAGCUGGGGAGGCGCCUGUCCUGGGGGGAUCUGAGACCCACACCUCGGAGGAGGCCACAGACAGCGAGAAGGAGAUCAACCGGCUCUCCAUCCUGCCCUUUCCCCCCAGUGCCGGCUCCAUCCUCCGCCGGCAGCGCGAGGAGGACCCUGCUCCCCCUAAGAGGUCCUUCAGCAGCAUGUCGGACAUCACAGGGAGUGUGACACUGAAGCCCUGGUCCCCUGGCCUCUCCUCAGCCUCAUCCUCCGACAGCGUGUGGCCUUUGGGAAAGCCGGAAGGCCUCCUGGCCCGGGGCUGCGGCCUGGACUUCCUCAACAGGUCUCUGGCCAUCCGAGUGUCUGGCCGGAGCCCCCCAGGAGGCCCAGAGCCCCAGGACAAGGGCCCAGACAGCCUGCCGCUCCUUGGGGACAGAUGGUCUGGGGCGGUGCGGAGGGUGCUGUCCGGGCCUGGGUCUGCCAGGAUGGAACCCAGAGAGUCAAGGGCGGAAGCUGCGGGCCUGGAGGGGGCAUGCCUGGAAGCCGAGGCCCAGCAGAGAACCUUGUCCUGGAACCAGGGGUCCACACUCCCCUUCCUGAUGGACUCGAAGGCCUGCCAGUCCUUCCAUGAGGCCCUCGAAGCCUGGGUGAAGGGUCUGUGUGCCGAGCCCUUCUACAUUCGAGCCAACCUCACCCUGCCCGAGCGGGCAGAUCCCCACGCCCUUUGUGUGAAAGCCCAAGAGAUCCUUCGGCUGGUGGACCCCGCGUACAAGCGGCGGCAGGAGUGGUUCUGCACGCGGGUCGACCCCCUCACGCUGCGGGACCUGGACCGGGGCACUGUGCCCAAUUACCAGAGAGCCCAGGAGUUCCUAGAAGUUCAGGAAAAAUGCCUGCCCUCCAGCCGGCACCGAGGCCCCCGCAGUAAUCUGAAGAAGAGAGCCCUGGACCAACUGCGGCUGGUGAGGCCCAAGCCCGUGGGGGGUGCUGCGGGGGACUCCCCCGAGCAGCCGCUGCUGGAGCCCUGCUCAGAGCCCGAGUGCAGCCUCAAACCAUACAGCCUGGUGCGGCCACUGCUGGUGUCCGCCCUGCGGCCCGUGGUGCUGUUGCCCGAGUGCCUGGCGCCCCGGCUCAUCCGCAACCUGCUAGACCUGCCCAGCUCCCGGCUGGACUUCCAAGUGUGCCCAGCGGAAAGCCUCUCUGGGGAGGAACUGUGCGCAUCCUCGGCGCCUGGAGCCCCCAAGGCCCGGCCUGCCACCCCUGGGCUGGGUAGCAGGAUCCGUGCCAUCCAGGAGUCUGUUGGGAAGAAGCACUGCCUGUUGGAGCUGGGCGCGCGGGGCGUGCGGGAGCUGGUCCAGAACGAGAUCUACCCCAUCGUCAUCCACGUGGAGGUGACCGAGAAGAACGUCCGGGAAGUCAGGGGUCUGCUGGGCCGGCCAGGCUGGCGGGACUCGGAGCUGCUACGGCAGUGCCGCGGCUCGGAGCAUGCGCUCUGGGGGCUGCCCUGCUCCUGGGUGCAGGUCCCCGCCCACGAGUGGGGCCACUCGGAGGAGCUGGCCAAGGUGGUGCGCUGCCGCAUCCUGCAGGAGCAGGCCCGCCUCGCGUGGGUGGAGCACAGCGGGGGCAGAGGCUGCGGGGGCAGCGGCAGCAGCGAGGCCUGAGCCCGUCUGACACCUGCACUUCCUCCUGCACUUCAGAAGCCAGCGGGACCGGUGUCUGUGUGGAGCUGGGCCCUCCCACCCUGAGCCUUCCAGUCCCUUGGACUCCUGGAAGUGGGACCCUCGGCUCUGGGCUCUCUCGCCAUAGGCUGUCACUGGCCCUGCCGAGCCUGCAGGAGCCCAGGGCAGGACUCCCCACUCCUGAACUUGCUGCUUGGGCCAUCCUGCCCGUCCCUGUGUCCCCAUGUUCCCACUCGUGGGGAUCAUGUGUGUGUCCACGUCCUCUCCUUAAACACUCACCCUGGAAUCUGUGUUCUCACACCUGUGCAAAGGUUUGCACACCCAAGUUCUCAUGGGCAGACUCAGGUCUGUCCCUCUGCCUGGGCGCAUGGGGUCUCCUGAGGUCCUGAGCCUGUUCUGCUUCCAGGAGCACAGAGCCCGUCACUGCGUGACUCCCACCGUCCAGCUCACAUUUCUCGUGUGUUGGCCACAUGUGAACACUGCGGCCUCCCCGGCCACGGUCACCUCGUUUCUCCUCUCACCUGUGUCAGCGGUUCUCUCCUGUGUAAAUGUCACACCCCACCAUGGGCACUAACAGGUGUGUGUUCCCGGCAAGCACAGCCACGACCGUGGCUCACCGGGGCUCCAUCUCUUGGGUGGGGAGGAGCCGGCUGCUGUCACCAGAAUGUGUGGCUCGUGGAUUAUUAACGGGCCUUUUGCACUCAGAUACUCACACUAUGGAACAUUAAAUGCUGUUUUGUCAUAGA